AUGUUGGCCCGGGUUGCAGGGACACGUCGAGCACCCGGAGCUUGCGCAGUCAAUGUCUUGAAAGGCGUUGAGGAAUUGCUGGAGCAGCUCCCAGAAUCGCCAUGCGGUGUAGAUGACCCACGACACAUAUACCUCCGCGUGCUUCUCGGGGAAGGUGUGGUAGGCGUGGAAGGAGAGCGGUUGGAGGUAGGGGCGCAGGGCGGUGAGCACGGCGCAUAUUUGCUCACCACUGCCGACAAUAGACGCCGCCUCUGUCAGGUCCCAGAAGCCCAUGGGCGUGACACAGGGCAUGCCGGGGAUGCGAUAGAACACGUGUCGCACUGCGAGUCACAACCGACGGAGGCCAACUUAUGCGGCGUAGGGGUAGUCGGCGUGGUCGAAGCCUCUGCCGUUACCGCAAAUGGUGGUGAGCAGGGCGCUGCAGCGGUGCGUGACAAGGCUGAGUGCGCCUGGGAUGGAUCCCAAGCAAUGCUUGACCACUGCAUCACCCUCGCCCCUGAACAGGACGUUGCAAUGCGCCUGCACGCGCUCAUAGAGCACGGAGUAAGGAAGCCCUGCGAACCACGCGAGAAUGUCCCUGACGGUGCCGGGGUACCGUGGCUCAGGGGGAACACGCAAGUGACAGAGACGCAGGUAACACUUGAGCAUGUCGUGGAGUUCGUCGAGUGGCUCCAUGAUAUUAUCGGUGAGCUCUCUAAUCUUCUGGCCGCUGCAGUCACUGUCGUUCCUGAGCUCGCCGUCCGGAACGCCCGCCGAGGUGACCCGGUAGCCGCGUUGCUGGAGGAAGGCGCCCAGGGGGGUGAAUGGAUUUAUUAA